UUUGAUCUUCCAGAAUCCAGACUAAUCAAAUCCUUUUGUAUAAAUGUAGAGAGAGAGAGAGAGAGAGUUCUUUCUUCCUUUCUUUAUUAUUUUUUCCUUCAAGUACUCGAGAAAAUACCAUCAUCUUCCUUGACCAAGUCUUCACCUCCCCCCCAUCAAGCUUCUGUCUGUCUUUUUCAUUCUCGAAUUCUUGCUGGUGUCAUUCACUCUCUUGUGUUUUUUCCUCUGAGAUUAUCUGAAACUUCUGAUGGGUCUUUCUUAGUUUUGGAAAAGGUGUUUGUUUGUAGGUAUUUUAGAUUCCCUUUCUGUCUGCCCCCCCCCCCCCCCCCCCCCCCUUCUUUCUAUCUGUUCCUUUGUCUCUGAUCUUUCCCUCCCAAUAAGUUAAUGGCGUAAUUCCUGACUUGGUGCACUGUGAUGAAUCAGGAAUAGAAACAAGUUUGGCGAUAAUCCUAAUUUAAAAGAUAGUGAUGGGGAUAUACCUUAGUUCUCCUAAGACGGAGAAAUUUUCAGAGGAUGGCGAGAAUGGUAGGCUUAGAUAUGGCUUAUCAUCCAUGCAAGGUUGGCGUGCAACCAUGGAAGAUGCACAUGCUGCAAUAACUGAUUUGGACGCUACCACUUCAUUCUUUGGUGUUUAUGAUGGACAUGGAGGUAAAGUAGUUGCAAAAUUCUGUGCCAAGUAUCUCCAUCGGCAGGUUCGCAAGAAUGAAGCAUAUGCAGCAGGAGAUAUGGGAACUUCUGUCCAGAAAGCAUUUUUCAGAAUGGAUGAGAUGAUGCGUGGCCAGAGAGGGUGGCGGGAACUAGCUGCCUUGGGUGAUAAGAUAACCAAGUUUACUGGCAUGAUAGAAGGGUUGAUAUGGUCCCCAAGGGGUGGUGUUUGUCAUGAACAGCCUGAUGAUUGGGCUUUUGAAGAGGGUCCUCACUCUGACUUCUCUGGACCAACUUCUGGGAGCACAGCCUGUGUUGCGAUUAUUAGAAACAACCACCUCAUUGUUGCGAAUGCUGGUGAUUCUAGAUGUGUGAUAUCAAGAAAGGGUCAGCUCUCUUUGAUGCAGGCUUACAAUUUGUCUAGAGAUCACAAACCUGAUCUUGAGGCUGAGAAAGAACGGAUUUUAAAAGCUGGUGGUUUCAUACAUGCAGGGCGGGUCAAUGGCAGUUUAAAUCUUUCAAGGGCUAUAGGUGAUGUGGAGUUCAAGCAGAAUAAAUAUCUACCUGUUGAAAAGCAAAUCGUGACAGCCAAUCCAGAUAUAAACACUCUUGAGCUUUGUGAUGACGAUGAUUUUCUUGUGCUGGCAUGUGAUGGAAUAUGGGAUUGCAUGUCAAGCCAGCAACUAGUAGAUUUUAUUCAUGAACAACUACAUUCGGAAAACAAGCUCUCUGCAGUGUGUGAGAGAGUGCUUGAUAGGUGUUUGGCGCCAUCAACAGCAGGUGGUGAGGGAUGUGACAAUAUGACCAUGAUCGUGGUACAGUUUAAGAAACCUAUAGGCCCCCCUGCUUCCGCAGAUGAGCAAUCCUCACAAUCUGAACCUGCUGAUGCCGAUUCUAAACCAGAGGAAAGUUAAUUGAAGUACGAUCCAUCGCUUGCCGAAGUCCCAGAUGCUAUUUUCCAGCCUCUGGAUGGAAAAACAUUACAAGGAUCCUACAUUUCCAUGAAAAUUCACGUCCUUAGAUACAUAUUUGUAGAUGGUUUAACAUGGAUGGAUGAAAUAUUAAGAAAAAUUGUUUGAUGUUCU